AUCGAAAUGGACCGUUGGACAGGCAAAGUAGCCGUUGUUACUGGGGCAAGCUCCGGAAUCGGCUUGGCAGCGGUAAAGGAACUCGUCAAAGCUGGCAUGAUUGUCGUUGGAUUGGCACGCCGUGCGGAACGCGUAGAAGCUCUAAAAUCCGACCUACCGGAGGAUAGCCGGGAUCGUUUGCACGCUGUGAAAUGUGACAUUACGAAGGAGGAGGACAUCUUAAAUUCCUUCAAAUGGAUCGAAGACAAGCUAGGCGGCGUGGACGUUCUGAUCAACAAUGCCGGAGUGGCUGUGGGGGAGACCAAUCUGAUCGCUGCGGGCAACACCGAAACGAUCCGAAAAACGCUUGACACUAAUGUCGUUGGGCUGGUACUGUGCACCCGGGAGGCUUACCAGUCGAUGAAGAAACAAUCGUUUGAUGGGCAUAUUGUACAUAUCAACAGCGUAGCCGGACAUAAAGUACCACCCCUUCCGGGGUACAACAUCUACUCGGCCAGCAAAUUCGCUGUGACGGCCAUUACGGAGACACUGCGACAAGAGUUGCGAGCUGAAGGCACCAAAAUCAAGGUCACGAGUAUAAGUCCUGGAGCUGUAGAUACUGAAUUGCUAAGCCCGCAGUUCAAGGAAGCUGGAAUACCCACACUGGAAGCAGGGGACAUAGCAGAUGCAAUAAUCUAUGUUUUGAGUACACCGCCGCGUGUACAAGUUCACGAGCUGACUAUCAAACCAGUCGGAGAGGGUUUCUAA